AUGACUGAUAACACUGCUAAGCGCGCCGUGGUGCCUCCCGCACCCACCGCACAGGACCUAGCCGACGCGGCUGCCUCCCAGGCGGAGCCUUCGACCCAGCCCAAAAACUUCAUGAGUCUGUUCCGUUUGGACGGCAAAGUCGGCGUUGUCACUGGCGGCGCCCGUGGUCUUGGCUACUCUAUGGCCGAGGGCCUGUGCUCCGUCGGUCUUGAGGCGAUCAUCAUCCUCGACGUCUCCACGGAGCUGGGGCUCGACGCGGCCAAGCGCCUCCACGAGACCUACAAGGUCAAGUCGCAGUUCUACAAAACCGAUGUUCGUGAUGAAGUCUCCGUUAAUGAGAUCAUGAACCAAAUCGCCGCCGACUUCGGCCACAUUGACAUCGUUGUCAACUCUGCCGGCGUUGCCGAUCUCGUCCACGCAGAGGAGUACCCGCUGGAGAAAUUCCGCCGCGUCAUCGACAUCAACCUCAAUGGUUCUUUCAUCGUCACCCAGGCCGCUUCCCGUCACAUGAUUUCUCAGGGAACCGGUGGCUCCAUUGUAUUCAUUGCGUCCAUGUCCGGUCACAUCGUCAACUGGCCCCAGCCGCAAAGCGCCUACAACGCUUCCAAGGCCGGCGUCCGUCACCUUAUGAAGUCCCUCGCCGCCGAGUGGGCCGUCCACAAAAUCCGCUGUAACUCAAUCUCGCCCGGCUAUAUGGAUACCGCCCUGAACCGCGCUUACAAGGGCCUCUUCAACGAGUGGAAGGAGCGCACCCCCAUGGGCCGGCUUGGUGACGUCGACGAGCUUACUGCCGCCUGCAUUUACCUCGCCUCCGACGCUUCCUCGUUUUGCACGGGCACCGACAUGCUCAUUGACGGCGGUUAUACCAUCAUUUAA